UAAAUCUUUACGACUAUAUUCAUAGUCCAAUGUUCCUCGGGGCAUUUUGUCCCUCGAAGAGCAAGCUUUUAUAUUUUACAAGAAGCAUUCAUUCGACUCCAUUUCUAAAUACUGGACAUCAAAUGAUAAGGCCCAAACAUAUUAUAAGCAGACCGUUGCUUUCUUUUGUGACCUUAGGACCUCUACUUUCCCGAGAAGAUGCCUACGACAAAGAAAAUACUGAUGUUCCUAUCAAGCUUUUUAACAAGCUUUGGGGCCUUCAUCGUAGUCUGCUCUAUGCUCGGGACCCAAGAAUGGGUCAGCAGCAGAAUCGCUAUCAGUGACUCUUCUUCAAACGGUAGUCUCAUUGUCACCUACGGACUCUUCCGUGGCAAGAGCCGUCAAGAAUUCAGUCAUGGACUCGAGGAAUCAGACAAAGACUUUGGAGUUUUAGAGAAAUUGAACACCUCUUCCCAAAGAACUCUGCAUUUGGUGACGAUCCUGUUCCUGGUCCUCAGCCUGUGCGCUUCGCUGCUCAGUUCGGGGCUCACGUUCUACAACAGCAUCAGCAACCCCUACCAGACGUUCCUGGGACCAGUGGGGGUGUACACCUGGAGCGGGCUUGGUGCGUUCUUGAUUUUCGUGGCCAUGAUCCUGUUCGUGGGGAACACACAAUCCAACCAUCUCUCCAAAGAGCUGGCCCAGACGCUGUACCCUGUAUAUCCAGCAGCCACCUACGGAGGAGCGACCCACAGCUAUGGUUAUUCGUUUUGGCUCACGCUGCUCGUCAUUCUUCUAAAUGUUGUCACCGUGGUCAUCAUUUUUUUCUUCCAGAAGGCCCGAUACCAGCGAAAACAGGAGGAGAGAAAGCCCAUGGAAUCUGCUCCAAGAGAUGGAAUUCUAUUCUGAAGCCAGUGUUCUGUAAUUUUGUCAGUAGGUCUAUUGCACCGUCCAUCAGCUCCCCAGCAGCGACCGGCUCGCUUGUCUGGACAAUCAGCAUGCAACCCUGGUUGACUGUCACUUUGUGAUAGUCUUGUAUCUCAGGACAUUCCAUAAAUGAUGUCACCUUGGAAAGGGUUCUUCCCACUAGGGUGGGGAAGAUGAAGGGGAAAGCGCUCCAGUCCAUGCACGAUUCAAAGCCGUAAAAUGAUUAUGAGACUAUGGACCCUCCCGAGCUGGUCUCACUCUCUAAGACAAUAAAGGUUUGUGGUAUGGAUCUUUCCCUUAAGUAGUUUAAAGCACUUUAGCACCUACGAUCUCCUCCUCCUCAGGAGGGACCAGGUAUUUUUAUGCCACUGUUUGAGUGAAGACUUCCAGGGACAGAGGGAAUCAGAACUCAUCAUUCCAGGACCGGGUAUUGGAGGCAAAAGAUGGGUGAGACUUGGGAGUAAAUGCCCUGGUCCUCUGGACCCUCGGUUGUCAACAUAAUUCAAGCCUGGUAGUGGGUAGAAGUGCUGAUAUAUGACCUUCAAAUGCAUUUUUUUGAGGUGCCAAGGUGCAGUUUUUGUAUGGAAGAGAGUAAGAAGUGAGAAGAUUUAAGAAAGAUAAAAAUUACAGUCCUAAAGCCUUCACACAAGGGAGUCUAUAUGUAUCUCUGGUUUAAAAGGAUUGUGGUUAAUUAGUCAAAAAGGGAAAUAUAACAUUGCCACAAGUUCUAGUAACCAGCCCUUUGCUGUUGACACAGUAUAGUUGGCCGGAUGGGAGUGUAUCAGCCAUCAGUGGCUUCCUGCCCAGCCAAAGGCUAAGCUGUGGCUUCGAGCUCUGAGCUUGCAGGCAUUCCCCAAGUCAAGGCUAGGCAGAUGCAGAACACAGAGGUUGGGUUGGCCUCUAAGAACAUGUGAGUAAAAUGCGUUCGCAGACUCCAAAGAACACAAUGGCCAAUCAGGAAAUUUUUGAAAAACUCCAGAAUGGAUUAGACCUACUUUCCCAGUAGGAUAUUCUUCUAGAAAAUCCCUCUGAGGAUCUUUUGGACCUGAAUGUCCCACAAAUCAGUCAGGUUUUGCAUUGACAGGAUCCUGAAAUCAUGACCCGUCGAGUCUUGAUUGAACCAAAGCCAAACAGAGCAGAAAUCUAUUAGUGUAAUUUUUGAAGCAGCAGCUCUUUGGACAGAAAGAUAUAUCCUUUAUGAAGCUGUUAGAGAUUCAUGACCUUCUUAUCUACUAUAUUCCAACAAUCUUCCUUAGAAAUAAUAUUUUUCAUUCAAAAAAACGCCCAUUGACUACCUAUGAUGAUGCAAUUAGCACUGUGCUAACCCAGGUACCUGCCGCGGCAGAGCUUACUGUGGAGAAGUCAGGACAAACAUUCCAAACGCAGUUGUUAAAUUCCACAUAAAACAGGUACUUAGUCACCAGACUGUGCUGAUUCUCUGAAAGGUCGGUCCUCUAUAACCGCCCACCCCCAAGUCCAGGUUACGCUAAUAAAUUAACUUGCUGUGCAACAUUGGACGUAUUAAAAAUAUGAUUCUCAACAGUGAAAAGGUUCUAAGCUCUUUGAAACUGAAAACAUUCAUGUUCUUUGAAAGUUGGAUUUUAUGUCGGGCUUGGAUAAUGUGGACAAGCAAUAGAAGAGGAAACAGGUAUGGGUAACAAAUCAUGCAAAUCAUCGCUGAAUAGGUAGGCGCUCACACUCCAUGUUAAUGCAAAGGACACUACGAAAUAUAAAGACCAUGUUUCCUCAUUUUCCUCAUCUCAGAGUGUGAACUAUCUCAAGCCUUAUAUCACAGAUGACCUUUAAAGAACCAUUCAAAACAGGAAUCUGGUAUGUGGAAGUACAGCUCACAGUUCUGGGGAUGAAGAGCUUGACUCUUACUGUGUCUGAAGGUAGAAACUCUGUGUGUUCCUUAGAAAUCUUAAGGAAGAAUGAAGUCUGCAGACUUCUCCUAGACGUAGCCGUGAUCGGCUGUUCUAAAAUUACUUCAUGAAUGUGCAUUAUGUUUGUUGUCAUGGAACCACAUGAAGCACGAUUUUGAAGGUCUGAACUAUUCUGUGGAAUUAGAAGGUUCCAGCGGUCAUGAUAUGACACCCCCCCCCCCACAAUUAGCCCAUGUGGUCUUAUGACGAUGAGCUGGAUGACAAGAUUCAUGCACACUUGAAAAAUAAAUAAAUCACAUAGAA